AUGUUACCCGGUGAACACGGAGACAUUCUCACUAUCAGAUGGGCUACUGAGUAUUAUCAGGGUCAGUACUGGUGUAGAGGACUCAUUUAUGGAAGAUCAGUCUCAUCAAAUUCAAGCUUUGUUAAUCUCACCGUGAAAGCUUUACCCAGAUCUACAGUGACUGUGACACCAGCCAGUGCUGUAUUCACUGGAGAGACAGUCAAUCUGAAGUGUGUGAUUGAGUCUUACAGUGACUGGACAUAUGAGUGGUAUAAAGACAGAAACAGUGUAAAGUUACAGUCUGAUGGUCGUUACACUGUAAACAGAGACACUCUCACUAUCAGAGGAGCUGCUGAGUCUGAUCAGGGUCAGUACCAGUGUAAAGGACAGAGAUCUGGAAGACCAAACUCAUCACAAUCAAGCUCUGCUGUUUCUCUCUCAGUGAUGGAGAGACCAAAGCCUGUAGUGAAGGUGAGUCCAGAUGAGCAAGUGUUCAUUGGAGAGAGAGUCACUCUCACAUGUGACAUACAGACAGGAGGACACAUUCAGUGGGUCAAAUACUGCUGGUUUAAAAAUGGAGACACUCACAAUCCACACAGAACAACAUCAGCAGCAGGGUUGAGUUUCAGAGCUGAUUCUGUGUCUGUCAGUGGUCAAUACAGCUGUAGAGGAGAGAGAUCAGACUCACAGAGAUCAGACAUCAGUGAUGCUGUUACACUGAGCGCAUCAGCUUUACCCAGAUCUUCAGUGACUGUGACACCAGAUAGUCCUGUAUUCACUGGCGAGACAGUCAAGCUGAAGUGUGUGAUUGAGUCUGAUCACAGUGACUGGACAUAUGAGUGGUAUAAUGACUCAAUCAAUGUAAAGUUACAGUCUGAUGAUCAUUACACUGUAAACAGAGACACACUCACUAUCACUAAAGCUGCUGAGUCUGAUCAGGUAAGGGACUUAAAACCAAAGGCUAAACUCAGAUCAGAUCCUGCAGGAGCUGCACUGACUGGAAACACAGUGACUUUGACCUGUAACACUUCGUCUACCGGAUGGGACUUCUACUGGUACAAAAACACACUCGACUCUGAGAUAAAGAUGACAAGAACACACUCCUACAGCAUGAAGAUUGAUUCAGUGUCUGAUGGAGGCCAGUACUGGUGUAGAGCUGGAAGAGGAGAACCAGUCUAUUACACACAAUACAGUGAUGAACUGACACUCAAUGUUACAGAAAGUCCUAAAGCUGUGGUGACGGCAUGGCCAGAUGAACAUGUGUUCAAAGGGGAAACAGUCACUCUCAGAUGUGAUAUAAAGUGGAGAGGACACACAGAGUGGACAUACAGAUGGCAAAUAGAGCAAACAGACCAAGAUAACCACUACAACCAGUAUAACCAACAUAAAAACACUGUGAGCCGGUGCUCAGCACAAGAGUUGAAGAUCAGCCGUGUUGAGGUCUUUCAAAGUGGUAAAUACAGCUGUACAGGACAGAUGAACACUCAGAUCUCUCAGCGCAGUGAUGCUGUUGCUCUGACUGUGUCUUCAGAUGAAGCUCAGGCAGCAGUGCGAGUGUCUCCACAGCCGUGGCUCACUGAAGGACACUCGGUGACUCUGAUCUGUGAGGUUCCAGGCUCCUCUACAGGCUGGACGUUCAGCUGGUUCAGAGAUGCUGAUCAUCUGUCAGACAGCAGCAGAGGAGCUGGAGGCUCUUACACUCUCAGUCCUGCUGCUCUACAGCACACAGGAGUUUAUACCUGCAGAGCAGAGAGAGGAGAACCAGCCUAUUCCUCACAGAACAGCAGCGCACAGCCACUGUGGGUCACUGGUGUUUCUGCUUCAGUGCGUCUGGUGCUCAGGCCCAGCAGAAGUCAACACUUCUCCUCUGACUCUCUCUCUCUGAGCUGUGACUCUGCUGGAUGGACAGUGAGAAGAUACACACACACAAACACACAAGAUUGUUCAGCACAAACAGGAUCUACAUGUGGAAUCCAGUCUCUCAGCACAUCUGACACUGGAGUUUACUGGUGUGAGUCUGAAUCUGGAGAGAAACGCCAUCCUCUGAACAUCACUGUACAUGAUGGUGCUGUGAUUCUGGAGAGUUCUGCUGAUCCUGUGAUUGAGGGAGAAACUCUGACUCUACACUGUUUACAUCGAUCUACAAACUCCUCCAUCCUCACAGCUGAUUUCUAUAAAGACGGAUCACUGAUCCAGAAUCAGACAGGAGAGAUGAGGAUCCCUACUGUCUCAAAGUCUGAUGAGGGUUUCUACUACUGUAAAACAGAGAGAGGAGAGUCGCCGCACAGCUGGAUCUCAGUCAGAGCAUCAGAUUCACCUGCUCAGAUUUCUGCCUGUAAGAUUGUCGUUUUUCUUCUGGCUGUUUGUCCGUAUCUGUCAGCGACAGUCGUGCUGCUCUACAAAAUCUACAAAGCGAGAGGUAAAACUUCUGUCUGA